AUGGAAAAAGUUGAAGGAGCAAUCAUACAGGUUGCGAACACGAACGUGCUGGAGGCGAGAGACUGGCAAAAUGGCGAUGAGUGUGGAACUUACAUGAGAUUUGAAGAUAGUUUGAUCAACAAAACUUGCACAAUCAGCGUCCAACAAGGCCUCGAAACUGAAAUCAACUUCCUGACUGAUGCAAUUUUCGUCGGUGGCGGAGCGCUUAUCAAGAGAAACAUGAAAUACCCGAACAAGAAGAUGUUCUUUGGCGUUGAGGGACUAUCGAAUCAGGAAGGCUUCGACUUGGUGAUCUUCUGGGAGAUGAAGAUCUCGCAAACAUGCAGAAACUCAGCGUCUGUUUUGGUCAAUUGCGAGGAGGAUAAGCCCGAAGAAGGGAAGGUUUACUGGAUGGAGACGAUCAAUGAUCAUCGAGGCGAUUCGUCGAGGAUUAAUUUUCAAGUCUACGGGGUCAAACCAGAGACAUUCCUACAGAUUGAGCUAACACAAAGCCGAACAACCGAAAAAGACCAAAUAAUCUGGCCCUGUAUUGGUUUCUAUUCCCAUCAGGGCACGCCCGACUGCACUCCAAACGGUUCUAAUCCGAAUGUUUACGAUUGCAACGCUUUUUUUGGAGUUUAUCUUGAUAACUUGUACAGCGAUGUUUUUCACUUUUCCUGCGAUAGAGUCGAUGAAAGCUUUCCGAAUUUAUGGAGAAGUAGGGUUUCUGCGAUUGGAAUUAAUUAA